GUCUUGUUUUGACCUGAGACCUCCACCCGCGGUAGCCCACCGCCGCAAGCAUCUCCGUCCACUCCGCGCCGCGCCGCGCUGCCCUCCACCGGCACCGCGGCCCGAAACCUUUCUAUAAAUCAAUCCGCGGAAUCCCCUCCCACCCACCUACCGUCCCUCCCCGCUCGCACCCACCACCACUUUCCCCAAGUCCACUUCAGCUUCUACUCUCCUCUCCUCACCCCCCUUUGCUUCCUGCGCAAUCAUCGCUGCCUGCUGCCGGAGACGGAUCCAUGGACGGGGACCUCGUCGCCAGGCUGCUCAUGGGCUCCGCGGGGCUCGACUUCGGCGUGCCCGGCCUAGACGGCGCCUUCUUUGACAACCUCUGCGCCGGCGCCGGCGCCGGGUUCGCAGCGGAGAUGCCCAGCUUCGGCGGAGGUCCGUUCGGACCGGCAGAGGGCACCGCUGGCGGCGAGCUCGGCGCCGCGUCGCGCGAGGGGUCCUCGGUCUCCGACCCGGCGUGGGCCUACGGCGGCGCGAAUGCCAAGAAGAGGAAGGGCAAGGAGGCCGCCGCGGCCGGUUUCGCCAAGGUCGGGGAGGAGACGCGGCCGGACUCGAAGAAGUGCAAAAUUGAGGAGGGCGCGGUGAGGCCCAAGGUGGAGGAGGAUGCGGCGGCGGGGGCCAGCGACGGCUCGGCCGGCGGCGAGAGGGGCCGGAAGCAGGCCAAGGGGAAGAGCUCCAGGUCCAAGCAGGCCGCGGCGGCGGCGGAUGAGCCGCCCAGGGACUACGUCCACGUCCGGGCCAGGAGAGGCCAGGCCACGGACAGCCACAGCCUUGCGGAGAGGGUUAGAAGAGAGAAGAUUACCAUCAAGAUGAAAUUCCUCCAGGACCUGGUGCCAGGAUGUAACAAGGUGAUCGGCAAAGCGCUCAUGCUCGAUGAGAUCAUAAACUACGUGCAGUCGCUGCAGCAGCAAGUCGAGUUCUUGUCCAUGAAGCUUUCCACAGUGAACCCGCAACUCGACUUCACCACCUUGUCAACCCUCCUACACAAAGAUAUGCACCAAGCCCUCGGUCCUUCAUCGAGUUCGGGUUUUCCUUUGGAGAGUUCCGGUGGAGUGUUCCCAUUUUGCGACCAAGCAGACCUUUUCCAGUCCUUCAGCUCCGGUGCUAUGGGGAACCAGUGUUCCAUGGGCCUGUUAGACAUGGCUGUGCCGGACGCAGCGCAGUACCCUUUUCAAAAGCAGCAACAGGAUUUCUGGGAGGCGAAUCCCCAAAACUCGUUGCAGAUGGACAAUGCGCAAGGCCAGGAGAAUGGGGUUUUGGCACCAAAUUUCGAUGGUCAUUUACAAGGAGCAGAUCAUCCAGAGAUCGAGUUCUAGACGACGAUCACUGAUAAUCACGGAGGCCCAUAUUUUUGUACAGAAGAAGUAUGGCGAGUGCGUGAAGCUCCUAAGCUAACGGUCUCUAGACUCCAGGACUGAAACUGAUUUAUCCAUCAGACGCCGAAUGUACCAAGAGACGGUCCGGGUCGGGGAUGCUAGAAAUUCCUGCUGAACCAACAUUCAACUUUGAUUCUUCCCGUGUUGGCGGAGAUUAUAUGGUCUCGAAAGUAGUAGAUCAUGUACUAGAUAUGGUGACAAUAUUUAGAAUCACCAUCUCUCUUCCAAUAUGUAUAAGAGCCGCUGGCUGGCAUAUACUGGUAUGAUACUAUCUAUUUUGCACUUUGUUUUGAGAUGGGAAGUAUGAACAUGUUUAUCCCUAUGAUCUCCACUUAUCGAACAUUUUGAGUGGGCUCAUCAAUCUAAUUGAAGUAUUUUGCUGGAAUUCUCAUUA